GCCCACCACCACCAAAAAAACAAAAAUCUCAAGAUAAACGACUAUUAGACAAAAAUGCAACAAAAAAAUUAACAAGUUCUUAUACGGAUAUGAUUAAUUGUGAUAAUUCUAACCAAGAGUCAAUGCAAGAUUCAUCAAAUUUAAUACAAGAUUUAGCUUUAGAUGCUGAUAAUAAUAACAUAACAGAAUUAUCUAAUAAUGAAAGAUUGGAAGAACUUGAUAUAUUACAAAAACCUGAUAAGCUUCAAGGAAUUUCAAGUGAAUUUGAAGCAGCUGUUUGGUUGGCCAAACAUCCACAUAUACUUGAUUUAGCAAUGAUAGCAAAUCUUAAAUCUAAAGCAAAAACUUUAUUUUUGCAAACAAAAAAUAAUACUCCCACAUUUUAUACAAAAUUAGUAUUUGCUAUAUGUGGUAUCUCCAAAGCUGAUAAAAAAAUACCAGCACUAAUUAAAAAAAACACCUUGGGUAAUUUUGUCCAUGAAGCAAUUAAGAGAAUUAUUACUUCAAAAUUAGAGAAAACUGAUAUGAAAAUAGCACUUCGUAGUUGUGAUACAAUUACAGUUGACCUGCAAAUUCCAACUAUACUUGGUAUUGUUACUCGAUUGUCAGUUCAAGAUUUAUUAAAAUAUAAAACUAGUUGA